CCGGCCUCCCACCGGGGGAGGAAAACAAAAGGGAGGCGAGGGGCUGCCGUGAGGAUUCGCGCUCUCCUCAACGGAGCCGGUUGCCAUUCUCCGCCAUGGGACACCCAGCGACCUGCCCUGUGCUGCUGCUCCUCUUCCUCCUGGUCAAUGGGGAGCUUCAGGGCGACGCCGAGGCGUCGGAGCGAGCCACGCUGCUGAGCCCUUUCUUCGGCACCAAGUCCCGCUACGAAGAGCUGCACCCGUACCUUCUCCGGGACCCACUGUCUCUCGGGCCGCCGCUCUCGGGCUUCCCGCUGCCGCCGGCUUCCUGCACCCCGCUUCAGCUGAGCGCCGUCUUACGCCACGGCACGCGCUUCCCCACGCGCAAGCAGAUCGAGAAGCUGGCGCGCCUGCACGGCCUCCUGCUACGGGGCGGCGGCGGCGAGCACUGCUCGCUGGCGGAGCGCCUGGCGCGAUGGGAGAUGUGGUACCAGCCGGACAUGGACGGGAAGCUGGCCCCCAAAGGCUUCCUCGACAUGAGGAUGCUGGCCAAGCGUCUUGCCUCCCGCUUCCCCAGCCUCCUGGCUCCCGGUCGGCGCCUGGCCUUCACCAGCAGUUCCAAGCACCGGUGCGUGGAUAGCAGCGCCGCUUUCCGCGAAGGGCUCCGCGAGGCGCUUUACGGGCGGAUGAGCGAGGGCGGCAAAAACGUUACCUUGACAGAAACAUUUGAAAUCAAUGAUAAAUUGAUGAGAUUUUUUGAUCACUGUGAAAAAUUUGUACAAGACGUUGAAGACAACGACACAGCCUUAUAUGAGGUUGACGCCUUUAAGGAAAGCCCUGAGAUGAUGAAGAUAGUGAAUAAAACCAUACAAAAUUUAUGUCUACCAGCAGAAGACUUAAAUGCAGAUUUGGUUCAGGUGGCAUUUUUUACUUGCUCCUUUGGGCUAAGUAUAAAAAACAUUAGCUCCCCCUGGUGUUCACUGUUCAACAAAGAAGAUGCCAAGGUACUUGAGUAUCUGAAUGAUCUCAAACAGUAUUGGAAGAGAGCCUAUGGAUAUAAUAUUAACAGUCAGUCCAGCUGCGUACUUUUCCAAGAUAUCUUCAAAAAUUUGGACAAGGCAGUUUCAGAGAGUAAAAGGUCAAAAUCUAUUUCUUCGCCAGUGAUCAUCCAGUUUGGACAUGCAGAGACUCUUCAGCCACUUCUCUCACUCAUGGGCUAUUUUAAAGACAAAGUGCCUCUUAACGCCAGCAACUAUCACAGUCAAUUGAAACGCAAGUUCCGUAGCGGUCGUAUCGUCCCUUAUGCUGCCAAUUUGUUAUUUGUGCUUUAUCACUGUGAUCAACCUAAGUCUCCUAAAGAUGAGUAUAAGGUUCAGAUUCUUCUCAAUGAGAAGCUCCUGCCUUUUACGUACUCGGGAAAAACAGUUUCGUUGUACACCAAACUGAAAAAACAUUAUAAAUGUUUCCUUCAGAAUUGUGAGUUUUCCAAAGUGUGCAGUGUCAAGAAAAAUGGUACUAACAUUAAAGGGACAUCGUAAAAAAGAAAGACCACCAAUGUUUCGACGUGUGCAUAUUUUUGGCAAAGGGUAAUAUUUUUGUUUUUGGCUAUUAAGACUGGUGCACUGCUGGUGCUGUAGUGUUU